UGAUGACACGUUGCCGAUGCUCAUCUUGCAGCGCCGCACGAUCUAUUGAGGCACUGGGAAGUAGCUGCAUCUUUGUCUAGUCAUGUCGCGGGGAUCGAGCGCGGGUUUUGAUCGGCACAUCACCAUCUUUUCUCCUGAAGGAAGACUAUAUCAAGUUGAAUAUGCUUUUAAAGCCAUCAACCAAGGAGGCCUCACAUCAGUGGCAGUUCGGGGGAAAGAUUGUGCCAUUGUUGUUACACAAAAGAAAGUCCCUAUGCAGGAUAAGUUGCUGGACUGCAACACGGUGACACAUUUAUUCCAGAUAACUGAGAACAUUGGCUGUGUGAUGACAGGAAUGACAGCGGACAGUAGGUCUCAGGUGCAGAGGGCACGAUAUGAGGCUGCCAACUGGAAGUACAAGUAUGGUUAUGAGAUUCCAGUCGAUAUGCUUUGUAAACGGAUUGCUGACAUCUCUCAGGUGUACACACAAAAUGCAGAAAUGAGGCCACUAGGCUGCUGUAUGAUUCUAAUUGGAAUGGAUGAAGAAAAUGGGCCUCAGGUUUAUAAGUGUGAUCCUGCUGGAUAUUAUUGUGGCUUUAAAGCUACCACAGCUGGUGUAAAACAGACUGAAGCUACCAGCUUUCUAGAAAAGAAAGUCAAGAAGAAAUUUGAUUGGACAUUUGAACAGAGCAUUGAGACUGCCAUCUCUUGUCUCUCCACUGUUCUGUCUAUUGAUUUCAAACCUUCUGAGCUUGAGGUUGGAGUAGUGACCGUGCAGGAUCCAAAAUUCAGAAUUCUCACAGAAGCAGAGAUUGAUGUUCACCUGGUAGCAUUAGCGGAGCGUGACUAGCAUAUCUCCAGAUUUGACAAGUGACCACAAACCUUUUGCCUGUUCUUCUGUGUAUCAUUUAAAUAAAGAGAUUUUUUUGAA